AUGGAUCCUCAACAGGAAAUGUCAAACGAGACAUUGGAAACCAUAUUGGUAAGCUCAACAAAAGGAAUCAAUAAUAACGCUACGAAAAUGGAAGAGGAAAUGAAGAAGAAGCAAGCAAAAGGAGAAUUGGGAGGAGAAGCUCAAAAUUGUCCAAGAUGUGAAUCUCCAAACACAAAGUUUUGUUACUACAACAACUAUAGUCUCUCUCAACCUCGUUACUUCUGCAAAUCUUGUCGGAGAUAUUGGACUAAAGGUGGUACUCUCCGUAACGUCCCCGUUGGUGGUGGUUGCCGUCGAAACAAACGGUCUUCUUCUUCCUCAUCUUUCUCCAAGAACAACAACAAACCUAUUAGUUUCCACAAUGAUCCACUUCACAGCCCUUUAAUGCAACCAUCUUUUGGUUAUGACUCCAUUGACCUCAACCUCGCUUUUGCUACUCUUCAAAAGCAUUCAUCUUCUCAGGCUACACCUUCUUUUGGGUUUGGAGGCGAUCUUUCUGUUUAUGGAAACUCAACGAACACACACUCUGGUGUGUUCGGAAACGGAGGGAUCUUCGGAGGGCAAAACGAGAAUCCAAGCAAGGUCUUAUGGGGAUUUCCAUGGCAGAUGACCGGAGAUUCUACAGGAGUUGUACCGGAAAUUGAUCCCGGAAGGGAAAGCUGGAAUGGGUUGGCUUCAUCUUGGAAUAAUGGUUUACUCAACACUCCUUUGGUCUAG